AUGACCUAUGAAGAAGCGGCAAGAUGGCAACGAUAUCGCUUGCGGCUUAUCUAUGGUCAAGGGGGUGCCAGGAGACUUCAAUUUGCACAUGCUGGACUCGAUCUUCGAAGUCCAAGGUCUAAGAUGGGGUCGGUACUAUUCAAAUCAGAGUUGGUCAAGUCUAAUUUGACAUAUACAGUGGGCAAUGCGAAUGAGCUGGGUGCUGCAUACGCCGCUGACGGCUAA